AUGUUAGCUACAGAUUAUCCAGGGUCGUUACUCUGGUUCGACACCAUCAGAGGAAUCGGCUUUGGAUUCCGAAAGGAACUGCUGCUGCCAUCCUCAUCUUCCUUCGUUCAGUUCGCUAAUCUACAGACAGGAGUUCUGCCCGAGACUCUUGGUCGGAUGCCGAAAGGGCAACAAGCAAUGACGUUACUCGAGCUGAUGACCAUAAGAGCAUUUCAUAGCAAGAUUUUGAGAUGCUGCAGUCUUGGGACGGCAAUCGGUUUUCGUAUUAAAAAGGGAGUGCUGACUGACAUACCUGCUAUCCUCGUUUUCGUCUCCAGGAAAGUUGACAAGCAAUGGCUCAGUCCCAUCCAAUGUCUACCUACAGCAUUAGAGGGGCCAGGAGGAGUAUGGUGUGAUGUGGAUGUUGUGGAGUUCUCGUAUUUCGGUGCGCCUGAGCCAGCACCCAAAGAGCAGCUGUACACGGAGAUUGUGGAUGAUUUGCGUGGGGGUGACCCGCUUAUUGGCUCUGGUUCUCAGGUAGCAAACCAGGAAACAUAUGGGACUUUGGGUGCGAUUGUGAAAAGUCAAACCGGCAGCCGACAGGUUGGGUUUCUUACAAAUGGCCAUGUUGCAGUUGACUUGGAUUACCCAAAUCAAAAAAUGUUCCAUCCUUUGCCUCCAACACUUGGCCCUGGUGUAUAUCUUGGUGCAGUGGAGAGAGCUACUUCAUUCAUCACAGACGAUCUUUGGUAUGGCAUUUUUUCCGGAAUAAACCCGGAAACAUUUGUCAGAGCAGAUGGUGCAUUUAUCCCGUUCGCUGAUGAUUUCGACAUGUCCACUGUUAUUACAUCCGUUAAAGGUGUUGGUGAGAUUGGUGAUGUCAAGGUUAUCGAUUUACAGUAUCCAAUUGGUAGCCUUAUUGGCAAGCAAGUUAUGAAGGUUGGAAGGAGUUCUGGCUUAACCUCGGGAACCGUAUUAGCUUAUGCCCUUGAAUAUAACGAUGAAAAAGGCAUAUGCUUCUUAACCGAUUUUCUUGUUGUCGGCGAAAAUCAGCAGUGUUUCGACCUUGAAGGGGAUAGUGGAAGCCUCAUCAUUAUGAAAGGUGAAAACGGGGAGAAGACAAGGCCAAUAGGAAUUAUAUGGGGUGGAACUGCAAACCGGGGUCGGCUUAAGCUAAAAGUUGGACAACAACCCGAAAAUUGGACCAGUGGGGUUGAUCUUGGGCGACUGCUGAACCUCCUUGAGCUUGAUAUUAUAGUUACAGAGGAAGGGCUUAAAGAAGCAGUGCAAGAACAAAGAGGAGCUUUGGCAGCAGCUAUUGCCUCCACGGUUGGGGACUCUUUGAACCCCCGGAACGUGUUCUUCUAAAGGACAUGAGCGAAAACAAAAUUGAGCCAUUAGGUUUUAAGACUCGGCAGAUCCCAUUAGAAGUAGACUGCAACAGCCCAGAAACGAAUCCGUCGACAAUAAAAACUGAGUUCCAUUUGGAAGAUGGUAUGAAUGCUGGUCCUAGCAUAGAGCACCAGUUCAUUCCAAGCUUCAUCGGAAGAUCUCCCAUGCAUAAAAACUUAUUCGACAAGGCUGUCUCCGAA